GGCGGCGGCGGCGGCGCGGGGAUGGCCUCCAGGAUGGCGCUCUGCCCCCACGACGUCGCGCUCUGCCUCUCCUCCCCGUUCGCCGCCGGCAGCGGGCGCCGCCGCCGCAGCAGCAGCGUCAGGGUCCUCGCCGUCGCGUCGUCCGCUAAGGUUGAGAGUAAGAAGCCGUUUGCUCCUCCAAGAGAGGUGCAUGUCCAGGUUACACAUUCAAUGCCACCUCAGAAGAUGGAAAUAUUCCAGUCUCUUGAUGGUUGGGCUAGAGAUAAUCUCUUGCUACAUCUUAAGCCAGUCGAGAAGUGUUGGCAACCGCAGGAUUUCCUCCCUGAUCCAGCAUCUGAUGGAUUUCAUGAUGAAGUAAAGGAACUCAGAGAACGUGCCAAGGAAAUCCCUGAUGACUAUCUUGUUUGUUUGGUUGGAGACAUGAUUACUGAGGAAGCUCUUCCUACAUACCAGACUAUGCUUAACACCCUUGAUGGUGUCCGAGAUGAAACAGGUGCAAGCCCCACCGCUUGGGCUGUUUGGACAAGAGCAUGGACUGCUGAGGAGAAUAGGCAUGGUGACCUCCUAAACAAGUAUCUCUACCUCACUGGGAGGGUGGACAUGAGACAAAUUGAGAAGACAAUUCAGUAUCUAAUUGGGUCUGGAAUGGAUCCUAGGACAGAGAACAAUCCAUAUCUUGGCUUCAUCUACACCUCCUUCCAAGAGCGUGCGACCUUCAUCUCACAUGGAAAUACUGCUCGCCAUGCCAAGGACUUUGGUGACCUAAAGCUCGCACAGAUCUGUGGUAUCAUUGCCUCAGAUGAGAAGCGGCAUGAGACUGCAUACACCAAGAUUGUUGAGAAGCUGUUCGAGAUUGAUCCAGAUGGCACCGUGCUUGCUCUAGCUGACAUGAUGAGGAAGAAGAUCGCAAUGCCUGCCCACCUGAUGUUUGAUGGGCAAGAUGAGAAGCUGUUUGACCACUUCUCCAUGGUGGCACAAAGGCUUGGUGUUUACACUGCAAGGGACUACGCCGACAUUCUCGAGUUCCUUGUUGGCAGGUGGAAGGUUCCUGAACUGACUGGUCUUUCUGGCGAGGGACAUAAGGCACAGGACUAUCUCUGCACCCUUGCUGGAAGGAUCAGGAAGUUGGACGAGAGGGCCCAAUCUAGAGCCAAGCAAGCCGGUAAGAUGCCCUUUAGCUGGGUAUAUGGAAGGGAAGUGCAGAUGUGAGCACCAACUGCCAUAUCGACUGCUUGCAUUCUAGGUUUCCUGAGUACCGUCUGCCGUCCAUCUAUGUGGAGACUCGUUGUGAUAACGAGGUUCAGGUUUCGCCUCGUUACAUAGUCUGUCAGUGUCGUGCCUUAUAGCGAUAGGGAGAUGUCCGCCUGUGUUUUAGUUUUGUUUUCUUCUCCGAUGUACAACUUCUGCUGGCCGUGUGGACUGGACAUGAAGUGAACAUGCAGUGUGCCUUCCGUGUGCUGUUUGUGUUGUUCAGAUCUGUUGAAGUUUUGUGACCGAGAACUUUGUCAUUCUGAACUCUUCCUUUUUUUCUGGGCGAAAUCUUCCGUGUCAAAUAAUGUAGAGUUCCAACUGAA